CUUUGGUCUAUGGUUCAAUCAAAUUUGACAAAGCGAUUUUCAAAUUUGAAGGGAAAUUCCGCGUUAUUGAAGGUAUUUUAAUUUCGCAAGAAACUUUUGGGGCGAGAAUAAAAUCAAUGCUGAGAUAUGGUGGAUACACAACAAAUUAAAGAUAUCAAUGACAUUUUUGAAGAUAUUCUAUUUGCUGAGGAGAAAAUCGUAGAGAAAAGUUUUGAAGAAGGUUUUGAAGUAGGGACAAAACAGGAGAACACAGAAGCUUAUCACUUGGGAUAUCACCGAGGUGCAGAGAUUGGUGCAGAGUUGGGUUAUUAUUCUAGUUUUCUAACAUUUUUCCUAAAAUCUUCUAAGGACAAGGGUAUUGAUCUACCAGACAAAGUUCAGAAAACUUUAACGAUUCUGCAAGACCUAAUAGAAAAAUUUCCUCAUGAUAAUGAUGAUAACACCGACCUGAAGGAAUCAUUAAAUAACAUUAGAGUUAAAUUCAAGUUAUUCUGCUCCUUGGUAAAGAUUAACGGGAAUUUUUCUGAAGGAGGAAGUUUGGCAUUCUAA